UCUACCGAAGUCAUAUGAAAUGGUGGUGACAGUGUUGGAGAAUGUGCCAGCAGAGACUCUCACAUUCAAUUUGGUAAAGUCAAAGUUUAAAGCCGAAGCUGAAAAGAGAAUGGGAAGAUCGAUAACUAAUGCCAGGAAAGAUAUGGAAUCUGCUGCCUUCUCAACGAACAAGCAUGGAGUUUGUUAUAACUGUGGAGAACAUGGACAUUUUAAAAGGGCCUGUAAGAAGUGGCCAUUAGAGGAAUUUAAAAAAUACGAACAUCUUAGGAAGUUAACGAAGGAAGGUAGAGGUUAUCCAAGAAGAGGACAAACAAGGGGAGUUAGCCAAGGAUAUGGCACAAAAGGAUCGUAUCAAAUUCAGCACGCCAGAAAUCAAAGAGGGCAAAGCAGAGGUUACCAAGCAGUUAGAAGAGUAGAGCAGAAGUAACGACGAAGAGUAAGGAGGAGGCGAAC